AUGCAUGAACUCUUCCUCACCACGCACGUUGGCAAUGAUGACCUCCAACGAGCUCUUCGCAUCCUUCAGGGAUAUUGUGCCAUGAGUCCAGGAAAUAUCGUGCGCCGUCGUUUGACUUUCGAGGGUCCACGUACCAGAACGCCUAAGGGCAUAGACCCUGGCUUCAUCACGAAGCAACCUCAACCCAAGAUCCUUCAAUGGAGAGGUCUUUCUGAACAGUUGGCUCGUCAGUCAUAUGUCCUGACCUUGGUUUAUGAUGUCGAUCGGGAGCAAUUUGGGCAGCCUUCGACUCAGCCAGAUGAGUCCAGUUCACUCGGCGGAGAUCAAGUGUCUGACUAUGACCAGAUCCCCGGCAUUCUACGAUGGAAUGACCUUCCUGAUCCAGCCAGCUCACGUCCUGUCAAUAGCCGCUUAAUUGUAAGCAUUGAAAAUGAGAAAGGCUUAUUGUCAGUAAUGAAGUCUAUGAACCACAGAUUCGUGUAUGGGAAUGUCGUCUUCGAGCUUAAUCGCUACCUACAACUGCCACCAAAUGACUCGCCUUUGGGGUUCAGCCCUGAACUACCUUCUUUUGAGUCUCUGGUACCUUUUGAUGGCGACAACAAGUGGAUUUUGACUGCCAGCGCGUUGGUUUUGGACGGGAACAACCCGGAGCAGAUGCAGAAAGGCAUUGAUGAGUUGGUGGCAGUGAAGCUGGACUUUGAGGGUUGUUUUGAGUUCCAAGCUAUGGAUAGGCACAUUUUUGAUCCUAGGAUCAAGUUCCGAGGUAGCUAA